AUGUAUGUAGCACACCACUCACUAGUACACAACAUUCAUUCAUCAGGAGCUCAACUUAGCAUGAUGCUAACUUGGAAGUUGAUGGCAGCAACGCUACUGCUGUUGCUGCUGCCGGCGCUGGCCGCCACCGCUCCAGCUCCUGCAGCGGCGCCCAUGAUAGGGAUGCCGGACUGCGACACAACCUGCGGCAACGUGAGCAUGCCGUAUCCGUUCGGGGUGGGCCCACCCCGUUGCUACCACUCGCCGGGGUUCAACCUCAGCUGCGACCGCAGAAGUGACCCCCCUUGGCUGCUGCUCGGCGACGGCGGCAUGCUGCAAGUCGACCACAUCAGCCUGUUGGAGUCCAAGGUUCUUGUCAAACGCACCGCCGGCGUCAGCGGCUCGUUCCGCGUUAACCUCCGGCCCUACAGGCUAUCAGCUGGCUCGGGCUCAGGCUCAGGCGCCGGGAACGAGCUCAUCCUGACGGGCUGCAACGUCCGGGCAACGCUCAAGAACGGAGACGCCACUAUAGGCGGCUGCUCCUCCUUGUGCGACGACGGAGACGGGCCCUUGCCGUCCAGGCCUGAGAGCAGCACGCUGUGCUCCGGCAUAGGCUGCUGCCACGUGGCCAUCGUCGUCAACCACCAGACGGCGGCGGUUUUCUCCUACGACGUGCAGCUGGAGUGGUUCGGUCGGAACCGCAGCGCCGACGAGGCACGGAUGCCGGCGCGAGUGUUCGUGGCCAGCGAGGGAUGGGUCGAGCAGAGGCGGGUUUUAAACCGUCUGUUGAAAAUCCCCUCCAAGGACGCUCCGGCGGUGGCGGCAGUGCCCCUUUGGCUGGACUGGGAGGUCGGCGUCGGCGGUGCUACGGCUGGCAGCAACAGCGAGUGCCACGUAGGUACGGGAGGAGGAGGAGGAGGAGGCUAUACAUGCCGGUGUAAAGAAGGUUACCAUGGCAAUCCCUACAUCACCGACGGAUGCAAAGAUAUCAACGAGUGCGAGCUGCCAGAAGACUACCCGUGCCCCGGUGACGGUAUAUGCAGGAACACGGACGGAGGGUUCGACUGCGAAUGCCCGCCAGGAACCCAUGGGAACGCAUCGUCUCCCGGUGGAUACUGCAUCCCUUUCGCCUCAGUCAAAGGGUCAGGCGGUCCUAGCUGCAACAGGUCAUGCGGAGACGUGGCCGUGCCGUACCCGUUCGGCAUCGGCCCGGAGUACUGCUACCGUCCAGGUUUCAACCUCACCUGCGACUAUGGAAGCAGCAGCAGCGAUCAACCCCCACGGCUGCUGCUCGACGGCUACGGGGCCUUCCAAGUCCAAAACAUCUCCAUCGAGAACGCCACAGUGAGCGUCACCAGCUCCGUCACCGUCAUCGACGCCGUCUCCAGACGUCCUUACUCAUUCCAUCUCGGUGAUUAUUUCACGGGCCAUGGGGACGCGUUCUACUCAUUAUCGGCCGGCAACGAGUACUACGCACUGUCGGUCGGCAAAGAGUUCUACCAAUUGUCGGCCCGCAACGAGCUCAUCCUCGUGGGGUGUAACGUCCAGGCGACAUUGCUUGGGGGUUCGAGCAUCAUCACUGGCUGCGCCACCUUCUGCUCUGAGGACGAACCUGAAAGGAUGCCAAUUGCAAACAACGGCGGCGACAACAAGAACUGCUAUGGCGUGGGCUGCUGCCAGGCGCACAUCUCUUCGUCCAAGGACGACAUGUCCAACGAGCUGAGGCUCAUCUUCAGAUUCGCCGAUCACGAGCAAAAUGUGUUGCGGCCCCCUUACGCGCUGAUCGCGGAGCAGGGGUGGUUCGACAACCGCAACGUCACCCACCAGCAGCAGGUGCAGGCGCUUGGACACAACUCAAGGUCUGCGCCCAAGGUUCCUUUGGUUUUACACUGGGAGGUGUUGCAAUCGGCAGGCUUACCCGCUGCUGACGCCAACUCGUAUCCCGAUUGUGCUGCGGAGGCGGCUGCCGAUAUCUGCAAGGACAAGCACAGCUUUUGCCUACCAGGGAACAGAGGCUACAGUUGCCAAUGUAUGUUAGGCCACGGUAACCCUUACCUCGUCGACGGUGGCUGCCAAGAUUUAAGUGUGUCGAAUGUUGGUUUAUUUAUCUGGUUUGGAAUUAUCAUUUCUAUGACAUGCAUCGGGAUAUUCUAUUGUUUACUUCAAGUGAAACUAGAUGUUUUGAGGGGAAAUGCGUUAAAACGGAAGUUCUUCAAGCUAAAUCAUGGACAAUUGUUGAAACGGUUGAUAUCUCAAAGGGCUGGUGUUGCAGAAAGAAUGAUAAUGACCUUGAAAGAGCUAGAGAAGGCAACACAAAAUUUUGACAAAGAUCUUGAGGUUGGCAGCGGGGGCCAUGGUACCGUUUACAAAGGAAUUUUACUCGACCAACAUGUUGUAGCCAUCAAGAAACCAAACAAAAUAUUACAGAGAGAGAUUGAUGAAUUUAUCAAUGAGGUUGUCAUCCUAUCACAAAUCAACCAUAGAAAUGUAGUAAAACUCUAUGGUUGCUGCCUUGAAACUGAAGUUCCGAUGUUAGUCUAUGAAUUCAUAUCCAAUGGGACCCUUUAUGAGCAUCUUCAUGUCGAAGAACCAGAAUCACUGUCUUGGAGCAACAGGUUGAGGAUAGUCAUGGAGGCUGCCAAAUCUCUCGCAUAUCUUCACACGGCUGCUUCAACACCUAUCAUCCAUAGAGAUAUCAAGUCUACUAACAUACUUCUGGAUGAUACUCUAACAGCAAAGGUGGCAGAUUUUGGAGCUUCAAAGCAUAUUCCAGUAGAUAUAUCUGGGGUUACAACAAGGGCUCAAGGUACGAGAGGAUACUGGGAUCCUAUGUACUUUUACACAGGGAGACUCACCGAGAAAAGUGAUGUUUACAACUUUGGAGUUGUCCUUGUGGAACUGCUAACUAGAAAGAAACCAUUUUCAUAUUCAUCCUCAGAAGACGAGGGUCUUGUUGAACAUUUUGUUACCUUGUUUAAAGAAGGCAAUUUGCUCCAGAUAUUAGAUCCUCAAGUUAUUGAGGAAGGAGGCAAAGAAGUCCAAGAAGUGUCCUGUAUAGCAGUAGCAUGCGUACAAUUAAGAAGAGAGGAUCGUCCGACCAUGAGAGAAGUGGAGUUGACGCUUGAAGCCGCACACACAUCGAGAAAGCAAACUUUGGAUAUUGCAUUCCCAUCUACAAAAGUCGAAAGCAACAUUAAGGGGUCGACCAGACGACACAGUAUGGAACAAGAGUUCAUAUCAUCUGCAGAGUAUCCUCGGUAG